CUUGCUCAUCAGUUCAUAUUUUACAGAGCGAAACAGAGAAAAAGCAGCGCAUUUUCUUUUGAGGGUUUACUUCCACUAAAAGAAAUCAACAUGGCUUGGAAAACAAGUGAUGCAGAAUCUUUGCAAUCCUCUGAUGAGCUGAAACGCCAGAAGAAAAUCAAAAUGGCCAUCUAUAUUAGUAUUUUCGUUGUGUUUCAGAUCAUAGUUAUCACCACAAUGAGUCUCACUGUGAUGAAAGUCAAGACCCCCAGGUUCAGGCUAGGCAACAUCAACGUCCAAAGCUUCGAAUCUGUCCCCGCAACGCCUUCAUUCGACACGAAAUUCACAACCCAAAUCAAGAUCAAGAACUCAGCCAACUGGGGUUCCUACAAGUUCAAUGCUGCCAAUGUCACGUUUCAAUACCAAGGCGAGACUCUGGCAGUAAUUAAUAUUGAAAAGGGCAAGGCUGGAUGGCUUUCGACAAUUAAAAGAAAUGCGGAGGUGAGUUUGAAUUCAAGUCGAAUAACUGGUUCAAAUCUGGGCAGUGAAUUGAGCAGCGGGGUGUUGACGCUCAACAGCGUAGGAAGAUUGAAUGGAAAAGUUGCAAUUAUGUUCAUAAUGAAGAAGAAGAAGGCUACCAACAUGAACUGCACCAUAGCUUUUGAUGUGGCAGCCAAGACGCUCAAAUCUUUACAAUGCAAAUGAUUAGAUUUGCGAGAUCAAGAUUGGUUCUUAAUUUGUCAUUUGUUAUUAUUUUGCCCUUGUGUACUCCUUGGAUUUGUUUUAUACGAUUGAAUAUAGAAACAGAUGCUUACUUA